AUGAGUGUUGUAUACGAAAAGGCAUGCGAGAAAAAGCUAAUUGUUACCAUGUCAGUUCGAAGCGGACAGAAUGGCACUGAGAUGCUUAAGACUGUAUCAAACGUAAGCAAAGUUUAUGAUGAGGUUGAAAGAGAGCAGGCUCGUCUGUACAACCCAUUUAUUAUAACCCUGGCUAAGACACCGGUACAUCUAACAUAUCCUUAUUACUACAGAGGGAUGGUGAAUAAUAAGCCUGAGGAAAAGGUCAAAGUGAGUGAUAAUGGUGGUUGGGUGUCUGGGUCACGCAAUCUUUGUGAUGACAUGUGGGAAUCAGAGAGUGAUGAAUCAACAUGUGGCUUUGACAGAGAUGCCAAUGGAAACAAGAUCUGGGAUAGUCAGGGAUUUUGCUGUUGGUGUAAGGAACAAGACAAGUGGCGUGGCUCUUUUUCAGACACAACACCAUUCAGUCGAGCGGGUCUGACCUGUAAACUUUUUGCUAAGGCUCAAGCCGCAGCUCAUUGUAUGAAAUAUGACGACCUGUGGUACACAGUGAACGAGUUAGGACGAUGGGAAAUGGAAUUCGGUAUUCACGUGAAAACUUUUGAUCAAGUAACCACAAAGGAAGGGAAUGUGACAAAACCUAAGUGGGUCCCUGGUGGGGAGAUUGUCAUAGGGCCACAUGUACGGAGGGGAAGGGGAAAAUAUGGCAGGCUUCUUGCAAGUUAUAUUGGCGAGUUCCAGUCCCACAGACAGUUUCCAACCUUGACAGAGAAGUUCCUCCUAAUUCCGUUUGUCACUGCUAAGAUAGACCCUAAGAUGCAUCCACAGUUAAGGGACGGACCUACGGAUUACAUGAUAAUAGACAAACAUGAAGUGAACUACAAACCGAGCGGACCUCAUGAAUGUGAUAAAAUUGGUGUCACUUACACAGCAUUUAGAAAUCAACGACCUGCUGGCUGCCAACAGAAAAAGGGCGCAUGUCUCAACAAUCAGCCAAAAGAUUAUUUUGAACAAGACCAGCGUCGUCGAGCCUCAGGCAAGACACCAUAUUAUUUUCCCGAGAAGUUUGGUAAGUUGGUUGGCGUCAAGAAGCGUCCAAUAAAGGACGAAGAACAGCAGUUCAUGCUGACGUAUGAGAUUGACGAAGGUAUGACGAGUAUGGUGACGCUUCAAAUCAGUGCAGAUGACAUCCUUCUCAUAUACAACAGGGCCUCUGGUAAGAUACUGAAGGCGUACGCUCAGGACUUUGAAGCGGUGUCAAAAGAUGGUCGUUUGUUUGUUGUGGUUCAAAACACUGGUUAUGUUACGGCUGAUUUCGCUGUCGUGAUAUCAGAAUGCUCUGGCGCAGUAGGAAAGUUCAGGGAGAAAUCUUUAUCUAUAAACCCUCAGAAAACACACUUGUUCUCCUUUGAUGUCCACGCUUAUAACAUGAAAGGGGGAAAUAACUACUGUGUCGUAAAGCUGUUUGAUUCCCGACAAAAAAUGGUCGACAGCGCCAAUGUCACCUUCACUACCACAGCACCGUGCGUUUGCGCGACUGGAUGUGGCUGUAGUUGUUAUGACACUGGUUUCAAAUGCGUGGAAAGAGAUGAGAAAGACUGGAACGAGGAAAAACCGACCGAAAGUGGCUUGGACUUUGGUGGCGCAGUUAACAUAUGGACUAAAGUCAAAAACUUCUUCAAGAAACUGGGCAAGAUUUUUAAAUUCCUAACAUCACCAGGUGGCAUUGCCAGCAUUUUGGGGAUACUUGUGGGUCUUGGUGCUUUGAAGGCCUUCAUGGGUCUCAGAAGAAAGGGGGCUGCCGUGGCACGCUUCGGAAUGGGCGGCGUGAAAAAGGGCCGACAAGAAAAGGCAAACAAUAUGGGCCAGAUUGUGGUAGUCGAGUACAAUGAAGAAGGAGAGGAAGUCGACCCAGUCACAAAAGAGGUCACCAAGCCGCGAAACAAAACCAAAGAAUUUCUGUUCAACCUCAUUUUCUUCCUCAUCCUUCCGUUCCUACUGCUUUUUAAACUCGGUAGAAAGAUCAUAAAAUGUUGUAAAAAGGAUUCUAAUACAAAGCAAGAAAAAGAAAAACAAGACGAGAAUGAGGGAGAUGGAAAAGCGAAAGGAUCAGCUGUGGACAUCUUUAAAGAAGGAGACAUAAUGAAAAAUGGAAGUCCGCGCGCAGAGAGUGAUCAAAGCGUGAAACUUUUCACUGAAAAAGCGGAGGUUUCGGGAGGAAGCAAAGAAAACGUAACUACUGAGCGAAGCCGUAUAAAUAGUUUGGUGAUCAAAAAGAGUGAGCAAGACAGAGGAAAUGACAUUGCAACUGGCGGAGGUUCCCAAGGAAUUAAGCGCAAGAUUAGCGCCCAAGGGAGUAGGAGAGGGGUUAAGGAGCACGUGACUGAACUAUCAAAAGACAAACCAACCAGCAAAGGAGAGGAGCAACAAAAGGGAACUUCACAAACCUCCGAUGAAGUGACUGUGAAGAAAACUGAACCCUCAGAGCCACAGGUUCCAGAAGAUAUCAGACAGUUUACAGAGGCCAAUCCGUUAAUUUAUCACAAUUACCUUGAUACAGACGCUGUUGCUGAUGAACUUGAGGAUUACGGUGAGCAGUUUUGCCUAGCUGGUAAAAUAACCUGCAUACCUCGUCCCACAAGCAUCAAGUACAGAUUUGAUUUAUUGAUGGCAUUGCAGAUUUGCGGUAACCAGGAUGGAGAGCAAGUCUUGUUGCGCACACCCAAAACCCUCGAUCCACAUCUCUUUUCAAAGUUAAUGACAGCUCAAGAAGUACGAGAACGGAUUUCUUUACAACCUCAAGCUCCCUGCCUUAAUCUCAAAUAAUCCUCCAACUACUUUGCCUUUACUUCUUCACCGUGAAGUUUUUAAGUCACUUGGUUUAAGAUGACACGCCUCAUAAACAUCAUUCGUGAUUGUCUCAUCCACUAUUUCACUCAAAACUCUGAUUAUCUUUCCUACCGGAAGUCGAUAACAGCCUGAAUUAAAUGUCUGAUUGGUCAAAAUAAAUAAAAGUAUCCUCCUUUAAUGUGCAGCUUCAAAGAGUCUUAAUAAGACAACAUUUGUUUCAACAACACAAAACAA